GUCAAUGGCUCCUCCUGCCAGAGAGAAACGGAGUAUAGAGAGAGGAGUACGGGGGAUCUUUAAGAAAAAUAUAAAUAACACCCCCAAAAAAUAACAAUUCCUGGGCGUAUGAGGUAGGGAUUUCACGUUAGAAGGUUAGAGGAAUUGUAUUUAUUGGUUUGUUAGUAAAAAUAAUUCUGGAAAAUUUGAGGGAAGGGUUCACAUUUUUUCUUAAAAAUAAUAAACUCCCCAAAUGAACUCCGUCAGAGCAGCCAACAGAAGACCCAGGCGAGUGUCGAGGCCGCGCCCGGUACAGCCAGAGAGGAACAACGGAGAAAGAGAUGAGGAAGUUCCAGCAGAUAUGGUUGCAGAAGAAUCCGGUCCUGGUGCACAGAAUAGUCCUUACCAACUCCGCAGAAAGUCUCUCUUACCAAAACGAACAGCUUGUCCCACAAAGAACAACAUGGAGGGUGCUUCCACGUCUACUACAGAAAACUUUGGCCAUCGAGCAAAACGUGCUAGAGUAUCCGGAAAGUCACAAGACCUCCCAGCUGCUCCAGCAGAGCAGUAUCUCCAAGAGAAGCUACCAGAUGAGGUGGUUUUAAAAAUUUUCUCCUACCUGCUGGAACAGGGUCUUUGUCGAGCAGCGUGUGUAUGCAAGCGCUUUAGUGAGUUAGCGAAUGAUCCCAUUUUGUGGAAAAGGUUAUACAUGGAAGUGUUUGAAUAUACACGUCCAAUGAUGCAUCCAGAACCUGGUAAAUUCUAUCAGAUUAACCCUGAGGAAUAUGAACAUCCAAAUCCCUGGAAAGAUAGCUUUCAACAAUUGUAUAAGGGAGCACACGUAAAGCCAGGGUUUGCAGAACACUUUUACAGUAACCCUGACAGAUAUAAAGGAAGAGAAAAUAUGCUUUAUUAUGAUACCAUUGAAGAUGCAUUAGGAGGUGUCCAGGAAGCUUAUUUUGAUGGACUGAUAUUUGUUCACUCGGGUAUCUACACUGAUGAGUGGAUUUACAUUGAAUCGCCUAUCACAAUGAUCGGUGCAGCACCAGGAAAAGUAGCAGAUAAAGUAAUUAUUGAAAACACUAGAGAUUCCACAUUUGUCUUUAUGGAGGGAUCUGAGGAUGCUUAUGUUGGUUACAUGACAAUUCGGUUCAACCCUGAUGACAAGUCAGCCCAGCAUCACAAUGCACACCACUGCCUGGAGAUCACAGUAAACUGCAGCCCAGUAAUAGAUCACUGUAUCAUCCGCAGCACAUGCACAGUGGGCUCAGCGGUUUGUGUCAGUGGCCAAGGAGCUUGUCCUACAAUCAAACACUGUAACAUCAGUGACUGUGAAAAUGUUGGAUUGUACAUAACUGAUCAUGCCCAGGGCAUAUAUGAAGAUAAUGAAAUCUCCAAUAAUGCUUUAGCUGGAAUUUGGGUAAAAAACCACGGCAAUCCCAUCAUCCGAAGGAAUCACAUUCACCACGGGAGAGACGUUGGUGUUUUUACGUUCGAUCAUGGCAUGGGUUACUUUGAAAGCUGCAACAUACACAGAAACCGGAUUGCCGGCUUUGAGGUGAAAGCCUACGCAAACCCUACGGUAGUCAGGUGUGAAAUUCACCAUGGGCAGACUGGAGGGAUCUAUGUCCAUGAAAAAGGAAGAGGCCAGUUCAUAGAGAACAAAAUCUAUGCAAACAACUUUGCAGGUGUAUGGAUAACUUCCAACAGCGAUCCCACAAUUAGGGGCAAUGCUAUUUUUAAUGGCAAUCAAGGUGGAGUUUACAUAUUUGGAGAUGGAAGAGGCCUUAUAGAAGGAAAUGACAUCUAUGGCAAUGCAUUAGCAGGCAUACAAAUCAGAACAAACAGUUGUCCUAUUGUUCGACACAACAAAAUUCAUGAUGGGCAGCAUGGAGGCAUUUAUGUGCAUGAAAAGGGACAAGGUGUAAUUGAAGAGAAUGAGGUGUACAGUAAUACUCUGGCAGGUGUAUGGGUUACAACAGGGAGUACUCCAGUGUUACGGAGAAACAGAAUACACAGUGGAAAACAGGUGGGAGUUUACUUCUACGACAAUGGACAUGGAGUACUGGAAGAUAAUGACAUCUACAACCACAUGUACUCAGGGGUCCAAAUCAGAACUGGAAGUAACCCCAAGAUCAGACGAAAUAAAAUCUGGGGAGGGCAGAAUGGUGGAAUUCUAGUUUACAACUCUGGUUUAGGAUUUAUAGAAGAUAAUGAGAUCUUUGACAAUGCAAUGGCAGGGGUUUGGAUUAAAACAGACAGUAAUCCCACUCUCAGAAGAAACAAAAUUCAUGAUGGGAGAGAUGGAGGCAUCUGUAUAUUUAAUGGAGGCAGAGGGCUUCUUGAAGAGAAUGAUAUCUUUCGAAACGCGCAGGCUGGUGUCCUCAUUAGCACCAAUAGCCAUCCUGUAUUGCGCAAGAACAGAAUAUUUGAUGGCUUUGCAGCAGGUAUUGAAAUUACAAAUCAUGCCACAGCAACACUAGAAGGCAAUCAGAUUUUCAACAACCGCUUUGGAGGGUUAUUUCUAGCGUCUGGUGUAAAUGUUACAAUGAAAGAUAACAAAAUAAUGAACAAUCAGGAUGCCAUUGAAAAAGCUGUAAGUAGAGGUCAGUGCCUGUACAAGAUUUCAAGUUACACCAGCUAUCCAAUGCAUGAUUUUUACAGGUGUCACACCUGUAACACAACAGACCGCAAUGCAAUUUGUGUGAACUGCAUUAAAAAGUGCCAUCAAGGGCACGAUGUAGAGUUUAUUAGACAUGAUAGGUUUUUCUGUGACUGUGGUGCUGGAACACUUUCUAACCCGUGCACGUUGGCUGGAGAACCUACCCAUGAUACAGAUACUCUGUAUGACUCUGCUCCACCUAUAGAAUCCAAUACGUUGCAGCACAACUGAACUCAAAUCGAGAGCUUCUGGCAUU